AUGCCCAAGUCGCAGAAGGCCAGGAAGCAGGCCCGCUUCAACCCGCUCGCAGCCGCCCGUCGCGCCGCCGAGGGCCAGGAGGAGCCCGGCACGUCGGCAGCGGCCGCCGAGGAGGCGCCAAAGCUCAGCGCGCACCAGCUCCGUCACAUCGAGCGAAAGCGGCUGCAGGCCGAGACGGCGGCGCUGCGCAGCUCCAAGCUCAAGGUGAGCAAGGCGGACAAGGUGCGGCAGCAGGCAAAGACGCUGCGGAGAGCGCCAAAGGGCGGCGGCGGUGGAGGCGGAGGGGCGGGCGAGGCGGUGGAGGCCGUCGGGGAGGGCGCCGCCGACGACGCCUCCAUGAUCGACGCGCCGCUGGAAGCGGACGAGCCGUUGCGGGGCUUCAGGUGUCGGGGAAACUGUGCGACCGGGGUCGCGCCGAUCGACUGA